AUGAUAUACUUCCUCACUGAAGAUGAACGUAAUGAAGAUUUAGUAAACAACAACGAGGAAGACUGCAAAGAGGAUAGAGUAGAGACGCAAGCAAUAUAUUAUGAUUAUAAGAAUGAAAUUGAAGAUGAAUACUUAAAAUUCAGUCCCUCACAUGUACCUUACUUGGUCGGAAAAGAUAAAAAAGAUACCAAUAGAGAUCAUCCGUCAAAUAUAAUAAUGAUCGAUUUCCAACUAUCUUUUCUACAUUCACCAGUCAUAGAUCUAAGCUACUUCUGGCACUUUGUAGCUUCCACACACGAAUAUCCUCAUCUCGCAGAACUGUUGGAAUUUUAUCACAAAGAACUUUCAAUGAGUCUGAAACUUUUAGGCUGUAACUCGGAGGAGUUAUUUUCUCUAGAUACCUUAUGGACGCACUGGAAGAAGUAUUCUAUAUAUGGAUUUAUCCAAGCGGUGCUGUUUACGUAUUUAUUAUAUGUUGAAAAGGAUGAUUUGCAGAAAAUAAAUGACGGGUCUCAGGGAACCAAAGUUCAGAAACUUGUUGGUGUUCAGCUAAAAAAUGACGAAGCUUACGUACAAAGAAUAUCAACAUUAAUUGAUUACUAUAAGCUAGAUUGA